AUGGGGUCCUUGAAAGUACAACCUCCAAGUGGGAAAACCAGGAACUUGACCGAUGUUUUUCACUUCCUCAGGCUAAAUUCGGUAAAGCCGAAGUACGAUUUUGAUGAUGUCGAUAUAACUGGAGGAGGUAAGGCGAUCUGGAAUAUAAUAUAAAUUGGUUUGAAGAUACGGUGGCCUUAUUGGAUGAUGUAGAAAGCGGAACGGCCGUAGCCUUCAAACAAUCGGCCAACGUGACGCCAUCUUGGGUCAAUGUUCUGGACGAAGUCAACUUUGAAUUAACAAAGUAAGUUCGCAUAUUUUAUUGUAUUAUCUUUUAGAAUACGAAGCCGAAAACAAAAACUAAAGGAAUCUCAACAGAAACAUCUCCAGAGACCAGACUUCAGUGAGGACAGUGCUCUUGCCGAACAGGAGACCAUCAAAGACCUAACCGAUGACCUCACCGGAGUAUUUACUCACACUAGGCGGCUAAUAAAGUAAGAAAAUUAUCUUUUGUUUAUCUUUUAGAGUAAUCGAGGAUUCUGACCGAGAAGUGUUUUCUUCAUCUCAACAUCUCAAAGAAAAUGUGAUAACAACUUUGUUAUUUGAACUGAGCGCAGAAUUAUCGGAUUUUCGGCAAACUCAAUCCGCUUAUAUGAAGAAGCUAGACUCAAGAAAGAAAACUGUUGAUCUUUUCUCUUUGGCGACUGAAUCUCAGAACCCAUAUGAGACCAGUUUCCUUUCACAGGAGGCCCAACAACAACCAGAUGAUCAGGAAUUAACCAUUGAUCAGAUUCAAGCUAUCAUUGAGAAUGAACAGUAUGUAAAAGAAAGGGAAAGGGAAGUAAUAAAGAUCAGCAAGAGUAUCCUCGAACUGAAUACAUUGUUUAAGGUAGGAACUUUAUUUUUUUUUCAAAUUGUCUUAGGACUUGGCACAAUUGGUUAUUGAUCAAGGAACCAUUUUGGACAGGAUCGAUUAUAAUGUAGAGAAUUCUGUGCUGCAGAUAAAGAGUGCUCAUCGCAGCGUUCAGAAGGCCGAAAGGAAUCAGCGGACCAGGAAGAUGCAAUGUAUUGUCGUUCUCGCCUGUAUGAAUCUGUUUGUGUUACUUUUAUUGGGUCUUCGACAUUUCUAA